ACAAACAUAAUUUCCGUAAAAAAAGAAAAAAAAGAGAAUGAUUAUCGAGAUAUUGCGUGGGUUUUAGCUUUCACCUCAAUGCAGCUCCUCAGAAUCUCGGAGUCCGCAACUAACUAACGUAGCUUUGGAGUUGGAAGGAUAUGGCCAUGACGUAUGCUCCGUCGCAUCUGCAAUUUCUCCGUCGUCUGUACCGUUUCGGAUUUCUCCACCCUCUAAGUGGCCGCAAUUUCUGGUAUCCACCGCCACAUCACCCUAUCACUGUGCCAAACUACCGCACCUUCCAGUGCGCCGUUCCUAAGGGUCUCAGAGAUAAGAAGUGUGUGCCAUGCAAUCUGAAGGAACUGCGACCAAUGACCGAGGAUGCAGCACACACUUUGAUGCCACAGGUUUCUGAGUGGAAUUUGAUAAAAGAAGAUGGCAUAUUUAAACUGAAGAGGACAUGGAAAGUAAAGACUUUCACCAAAGGCUUGGAAUUCUUCAAGAUAGUAGCUGACCUUGCUGAAAGUGAAGGUCAUCACCCUGAUCUUCACCUUGUUGGCUGGAAUAAUGUUACUAUUGAGAUUUGGACUCAUGCUGUCGGUGGGCUUACAGAAAAUGACUUUAUACUUGCUGCUAAGAUCGAUAAGCUUAAUGUGAAUGACCUACUGCGACGAAAGCCUUCAGACUGAGCUUUUGUAAACAAUGAUAGGGAAUUACUUACAUGUGUACUUCCAAUAAUGUCUUAUCAAUGAGCUUCUUUGUCACAUGCUUGUUACUCUUAUCUUUACAUUGCUAUAUUUUGCUUGUAACUUCUUAGUUAUUAUAAUUUUUUUACUUGAUCUGUUUCCCC